AUGACGACAACAGACACCGUCCAGGAGCCGCCGCUUGACCGGCAGGCGCAUCGACGAAGGCCAUUUUCGACAUGGGUCAAGAGGCUCACCAACUUUAAAUCUUCUUCAGACGGGGAGCGCCCGAAACGACACAUCAAGAUGAGGAGGGGGUCCAAGCUGAACAACCCGUAUCCCCAGUCAGGCCACGUCAGCGCCAAUCAUGCCAAUCAUGGCAACACGACAAACGGCAACGGCCGCAGCAAUGUCGACGGCGCAAGCUCCGCCUCCUUCGCUACGGCGCCAUCCGCCAGCAACGUCUCGACAGACGCCACGCGGUACUCAGCCGACGGGCGUGCGCCACCGACGGCCGGGGGGAGGAGCAUGGCCGGCACCGUGUCGACGGAGAAUGAGGGGCAGCGGUCCAUUAUUGCGCCCAGCCACGGGGCCAGCUCUCUCGCGGGCACGAGCCGUACUGUUGGCGGAGGCAUGGAAUCGAGGAGAGGCGGCGACAGCACAUUUUCGAGCCCGGCGCCGUCGGUCCGGUCGCUGACGACGACGCUGACGACAAUUCAGUCAAUGGCUCCGCACGCAAACCACAUGCCUGCGCCGUCGCAAGCUAACACGCAGUCGAUUCACUUUAGCCAACCGUUCCCGACGACGUCUCCCGCGUCUGCGAUCCCGGCUCACCUUGCGCCCACGGGCCACCCGACGACGUAUACCGCGGCGACCGCCAACAACAUCCUGACGGACAAUGCCUCCAUCCUGACGCUCGCCUCGUCGAGCAAGCGGCGUCGUCGCCGUUCCAUGGACACGGACGCUUCGGUCCGCGCACUGGCGCCGUCGUCUCUAUGGGGCGGUAGCCGCGAAAGCCUCCCUCUCAGCGUCCUGAGUGGCAACAUCGAGUCACCGGGCAACCCCGCGACGCCCGGGAUCCACGGCGCCGGCUCGCGCCUCGGUGCUGAGCGCAACAGCAUCUACUCGACGGCAGGCGUGGCGCCGACCCUGGCUAGCGAGCGUAACAGCCUCUAUGCUAAGCAGGGCGACGGGGCAAGCGUCCGGAGCGGCCUGCUGGGCCAGGGGAGGCCCGACAGCGUCAGCGGGAGCAACGCGGUAGCCAUGAGCCCCCUGGCCAGCCCUAGAGAGGUGCCCGGCGAGAAGGCUGCGGCCGAGGACAAGGAGGCGAGCCGGGCGGCGGCCCAGAGAGAGGAAUAG